AUGGGGAAAGUUGCGCUGAAGAAGCUGGCGGCGAUAUGGAUGUGGCCAGUGAUUGCUGCGACGCUGAUGAUUUCGGAUUGGCGUACCAGCAAGCGUCUCGCUGAAAGUGAUAUGGGCACAUUCACAGUCAGAUAUUUUUUCAAAAAGGCGAUCUGGGAGAAGAAGACCUACUGGGCAAUGAUCGCCGUCGCCGGUUACUUAGGUCACUGCUUGAAUAAGCAGGGUAUGCACAAAGCGAGUAUGAUGAAAGGACACAGUAAAAUGUUCGCUGAUCGUGUGGCGCAAAUUCCGAAGGACCAGGACAUCUGGAAAUACUAG